CAUAAGACCAUAAAAUGCGAGACAGGUUAGAUAAAGCCAAGUUGGCCAGCGUUGCUAUGAUAAGAAAAUAUAUACAGGCAGCUUGACUCAUUCAAUAUCCUAAAUAAAGAGUUUUGUGGUGAUAUUACUAAGGGGCCCGUUUUAUGUUGCUGCUGCACCAUUUUAUGCGGGACUAUUAUGGCUAUGGCUCAUCCAGAGAGAGCGAAGAUGAGGAAUCGCUCAAAUCUUCUGAAAAAAGAGCCAGCCGAAAAGUACAUUGUGGCUACGCUCCAGGAUUCCUACUGUUCUGGGUAACUCUGUUUUUUGCAUUGGUUAUACCGCUCUUUAACCGCCUGCCAGAGGGCCUAACCAUCGAAGACGAAUCUCACAACAAAGGCGCCUUCAUAGCCGAGCGUGCCCAAAAGUUGCUGUAUGAGUACGAUGUGAUUGGACCCAAGGUCGUGGGAAGUCAUGAAAAUGAGAAUGUCACCGUCGCACUACUGCGAAGUGAAAUUGACAGCAUACGCCAAGUUAUGCUAACGGGUAUGUUUGAAAUGGAGGUGGACGUCCAACAGGUGUCCGGUGCUUAUAUGCGCAGCUCAAUCGUCAACAUGUACCAAGGCGUACAGAACGUCGUUGUCAAGUUAAGCUGCAAGGUCAGCACGAGUAAUUCCUAUUUGUUGGUAAACAGCCAUUUUGACUCGAAGCCGGGAAGUCCAGGCGCUGGUGACGAUGGUCACAUGAUGGUCGCGAUGCUAGAGGUGUUGCGCCAAAUGGCCACUACAAAUCAAACUUUCGAGCACCCGAUAGUUUUCCUUUUCAAUGGUGCCGAAGAGAACUCAUUGCAAGGCUCGCACGGAUUCAUAACACAGCACAAGUGGGCGAAGCAAUGCAAAGCACUCAUUAAUUUAGAUGCAGCUGGUAGUGGAGGACGUGAGAUACUUUUCCAAAGUGGUCCCAAUCACCCGUGGCUGAUGAAGUACUACAAGAAGUAUGCUCUCCAUCCAUUUGCCACAACCAUGGCUGAGGAAAUCUUUCAGGCUGGUAUCAUCCCCUCAGAUACGGACUUUAGGGUAUUCCGCGACUAUGGAAACGUGCCAGGUCUGGAUAUGGCACAGUGUACAAACGGCUAUGUUUAUCAUACCAAAUACGACACUUAUAACGUUAUACCACGUGGAUCACUGCAAAAUACUGGCGACAAUCUAUUAGCACUUGUGCGCGGAUUCUCAAACGCCAGCGAGUUGUAUAACACACAAGAACAUGCUGAUGGCCAUGCCGUUUUCUUUGAUUUCCUUGGACUCUUCUUCAUAUACCACACUGAAGAAGACAGUAGCAUCUACAACAUGGGGCUAGCAGUUAUCGCCUUAAUGCUAAUUCUAAUUUCGCUGGUGCGCAUAUCGUGCAAUUCUUAUGGGUCGCUUGGAUAUGUUUUUUUCUUGUUCAUAAAACUAUUUGUGCUUCAAUUGGUUGGAUUUGCGCUCGGCCUAGUGCUGCCCUUAGCUGUGGCCUAUAUGAUGGAUAGCUUAGAUCGCACGCUGAGCUAUUUCACGAAUACUUGGCUAGCUGUUGGCUUGUACGCAAUACCCUCCAUGAUUGGCCUCAGUCUGCCUACAGCAAUGUACUUUAGUCUGAAGUCAAAGAGUCGAAUCGAUCAGUCCUAUCAGCUGCAGUUGGCCGUGCAUGCCCAUUGCACCAUAAUAGCCGUGUUAGCGAUUUCAUUAACGUGGUUAGGCGUGCGGUCUACUUACCUUUGCGGCAUUGCUCUGCUGUUUUACGUUGGCGCCCUAGCUUUUAAUUUACUCACAUCGUUGCACGAUCGCCUUUUUGCAUGGAAACUUGUGCUAUGCUUAAGCCAACUUUUGCCUUUCGUUUACUUCUGCUAUCUCUUCUAUGCUUUCGUUGUGGUGCUCAUACCUAUGACAGGUCGCAAUGGCAACGCAGCCAAUCCAGAUUUGCUUAUAGCUGGCAUAUGUGCACUGGGUACCAUCUUAUCUAUGGGAUUCUUGAUGCCGCUGCUCAACGAUUUCCGCCGCCCAAAACUUAUUCUGACUAUGCUGGCAAUCCUUACCAUAACUUUUGCCUAUAUUGGAGUCGCCACACAAAUUGGAUUCCCCUAUAGACCGAAAACUAAUGUCCAACGCGUAAAUAUGCAGCAAGUGCAUCGAAUCUUUUACGAAUACGAUGGACAAAUCAACAAAGAAGAGUUUGGAUAUCUGCUUGAUUUCCAAAACAGACGCAUGGAGCGACCGCUGUAUGGCAGCAAAGUGAAUCUUACUGGAUUGCGAACCCUUGACGAAGAUUGCAGCAAGUACAUGAUGUGCGGCAUGCCCUUUUUCAGUCGGAUUGCGCAGACGCCAUCACAAAUCCGUUGGUUGCAACGAAGUCCUCUGAAAAUGCCAGGGGAUGUGACGCUAGAAAAUAUAAAUAAGAGCGGUUCAGGAAACGGUACGCGCUUUGAGUUUCGCUUGACUGGUCCGCCACAUAUGAGUUUGUUUGUACAACCUUUGGAGGGUACAGCAAUUACCGGGUGGUCCUUCAUUCGAAACCCGCUGGAUAACCCCGACAAAUACGGGCCACCAUAUUACAUUUACUUCUGCUAUGGCAAUGACAGUUCUCCAUUAAACUUCCACAUCGAUGUUAAUAAAACCAAUGGCGAUUUCAAUGUGCCACUAUUUGAGCUCGGAGUCGUGGCCCACUACCUAAGUACAUCUUAUACCCGCGACUCGGAUGCACAGAAAUUUAUUGACGAUUUUCCAGACUAUACAUUUAUCAUGGACUGGCCCAGCAUAUACAAAAGAUAUAUUUAUUAACAAUUUAAAGCAUUCCACCUACAAUUCGUUUCGAUUUUAAUCGAAUUUAUUUUUAUUUGCUAAUUUUUUAUUACACGUAUAUUAUAAAGACUAAGCAUGGGCUCCAUGAAUUUAAUUUUAAUAAAAUGGUAGUACUUCAGUAUUUAUAUUA